AUGUAUCGAGAGGGAUAUCUAAUCAAAUAUGGGCAUCACACGUUCGAUCCACCCCAAAUAUACUUUUGUGUCUUUGAGGACGGUGUUGUCAAGUUUUAUAUGGAAAAGGGUGGUGUGCUUGUAGAUGAACUUGAAAUGGCUGGUCAUGUGACUAAAGUACGUGUUGAAAAGUCAUUGCCUAGUAAAUUGCCAUACCGCUUUACGGUAUCGGCUGCUGUGGUCGUUCGUGUGGAAGGCCGUCGGAUGAAACUCGGGGAGACGCGUGUGACAGAGUUUGCAGCCCCGACGAAUGACCUUAUGAAGGAAUGGGCCAAUUCGCUGCAUUUAUGGCGUCGAAUGAAUUGGAAAGAGAAUGUCAAAUUUUUUGACAAUUCGAGCGAGCUCUCACAAGCACAAGAGCUAGAUUUGCUACAGCAUCAGAUGCGCACGGUGCAGGCACCAUCGCCUACGAUCAAGAAAUUGCGUCAGAUGAUCAUGCACACGGGCACAACAGCUUGUAGUAGCACCGCGUAA